AUUUUAUAAUUACUUUCACAGAAGAAAUAAAAAUAAAAAAUCUUCCUUCGCUGGUGCCAACCCAGAAGAAUGGAGUUAUCACCUAUAAGCACUUGCACAGGGUUUCACCAUAUCCACCCCCGCCCAACUCCCUUAUCUUUCCCAUCAACUCUUCGUGUAUCCACCACCAGCAGCAGCGGCAGAGGCAGAGGCAGCCAACGCAGUUCUGCAGCAGCAGCAACACCAACACCAACACUUGUCGAUAUCUCUUGUAAUGACCCACAAAACGGCUGUGCAGUUGACGCCCAAAGGCGUCACUCAAAGCCAUACUUGGCUAGAAAAAAUGCCAUUCUUCAAGUUCAACAAUCACCCCAUUUGGAUUCUGCUCUCCAAAGAUUAGGAGGGGUGUUGAAGGUGCAAGACUUGAAUGUCAUUUUGCGGAAUUUUGGGCAGCAAAGCAGAUGGCAGGAUCUUUCUCAGCUCUUUGAUUGGAUGCAACAGCACAGCAAAAUCAGUGCUUCAUCUUAUAGCAGUUAUAUAAAGUUCACGGGGACAAGUCUAAACCCUGCGAAGGCAUUAGAAAUAUACAACAGCAUUUCUGAUGAAUCGACAAAAAAUAAUGUCUUCAUAUGUAAUUCAGUUCUUAGAUGCCUGGUCAGGAAUGGCAAGUUUGAUAGCAGUAUGAAAUUGUUUCGUAAGAUGAAGCACAAUGGUCUAAUACCAGAUGCUAUUACAUAUAGUACGCUGCUAGCAGGGUGCAUGAAAGUCAAAGAUGGGUAUCCUAAAGCAUUGGAUCUGGUUCAGGAACUGAAUUACAAUGGACUGCAGAUGGACAGUGUAAUGUAUGGGACACUUUUGGCGGUUUGUGCUUCAAAUAAUCGGUGCGAAGAAGCACAAAGCUAUUUUAACCAGAUGAAGGAUGAGGGUCAUUCACCUAAUAUAUAUCAUUAUAGCUCGUUACUCAAUGCUUACGCUUCUGGUGGAAACUACAAGAAGGCUGAGGAGUUGGUGCAGGACAUGAAAUCUUCAGGGUUAGUACCAAAUAAGGUAAUGCUGACAACUCAGCUAAAGGUAUAUGUAAGAGGACGCUUGUUUGAAAAAUCUAGAGACCUUCUAGUAGAACUGGAAACUUUGGGCUUUGCGAAAGAUGAGAUGCCCUACUGUUUAUUGAUGGAUGGCCUUGCCAAGACUGGGUGUAUAGAUGAAGCAAGAUCAGUUUUCAAUGAAAUGAAGGAAAAAUGUGUUAAACCUGGUGGCUAUUCCUACAGUAUAAUGAUUUCAUCAUUUUGCCGAGGUGGGCUUUUUGAAGAGGCAAAGGAGUUGGCAGAGGAGUUUGAAGCCAAGUAUGAUAAAUAUGAUGUAGCUAUAUCGAAUGCAAUUCUAUGUGCCUACUGUAGAGCAGGUGAAAUGGAGAGAGUGAUGCGAACAAUGAGGAAAAUGGAUGAAUUGGCAAUCAGUCCUGACUAUAAUACUUUUCAUAUUCUGAUCAAAUAUUUCUGUAAGGAGAAGUUAUAUAUGCUUGCUUACCAGACCAUGGAAGACAUGCAUAGGAAAGGCCAUCAACCUGCAGAGGAGCUUUGUUCUUCAUUGCUUUUCCAUCUUGGUAAGAUUAAAGCCCAUUCAGAAGCCUUUUCAGUUUAUAGCAUGUUGAAGUAUAGCAAAAGAACAAUGUGUAAAGCCUUUCAUGAGAAAAUUUUACACAUUCUUAUUGCUGGAAAGCUUCUCAAAGACGCUUAUGUAGUAGUUAAGGAUAAUGCAAAAUUUAUCUCUUCAGCUGCAAUUAAGAAGUUUGCAAAAUCAUUUGUGAAGCUUGGUAACAUCAAUUUGAUAAAUGAUGUUCUGAAGGUUAUUCAUGGUUCUGGAUACAAGAUAGAUCAGCGACUAUUUCAGAUGGCCGUGUCACGUUACAUUGCUCAACCUGAAAAGAAGGACUUGCUUCUACAAUUGCUACAAUGGAUGCGAGGCCAAGGUUAUGUUGUUGAUUCAUCAACAAGAAACCUGAUCCUUAAGAGUGCACACUUAUUUGGUCAGCAACUCAUUGCUGAGAUCUUGUCCAAGAAGCACAUGAUGUCAAAAGCCUUGAAAUCUCAUUGGAUGACAAAAGGCUAGUCUAGAACUAAAGGAGAUGAAGGAAACUGUUAGACAAAGAACUUGGACUGGGCACUUUUCCCUCUUUUAUUGAUUCGAUUCCCAUUCUAAAUAUCUUAGAGAACUUCGGAGGAAAUGGCUGACGAGGACAAGAUACAUGGUCUUUUCACUAGCUGGAAUUGAAGCAAUGCCAUCAGAAGGAACACAACCAUCAUAAGGAACACAAUUAAGUUAGAUAAUUAACUAAAAUUUA